UUGCCAGGUUGUUCUUGCUUUUCCCAUGAAAGAUACCUCGUGAAUAUGCCAGUUUUGGAAGAAGACAUGCUGUUAAAGUGUGACCUGUACAUAUGCAGGUUCUGUGGUGCUGAGUCUUCACCUUAGGAAAUGUUAUGGAUUUGAUUAUACUUUCCUCAGGUUUGUAAGAAGACAUAAGUAUACUCCAUAUUUCUAUUAAGCUGCAUUAAGUUGAUGGUUUGAAUAUUAUUUUUCUGGCCAUAUGUGCUGAAUCUAUGCCUGAAACUCAUAAGUUGUAGCAACACAUAAACACUUCUUAUUCCAGUAUGGCUGUUGUCAAGUCAAAUCUAAGAUUUAUUGCCAUGACAGUACAAAGGCGUUGGACCAGGGCGCCAGUUUGCAUUACACUGUUCUUUCUCAUGGUUUUGGACCAGAAAUGAUACAUAACAUGAUAGCUAACCCAGUACACAACAAUAAUCCCAUCCGAAGUCCUUCCAUGACAGUGCUGUUGUAACCACUGUUGGUUCUUUAAUUGCUUUUUGUUGUGAGUUCCUUUCCCUUAUUAUUCUAAGUCCAAGUGGUGUCACGUAAGCUCAACUUUAGGUUUACUUUAUUGGCAGCAGUUUCCACGACUUCGGAUCGAACUUUAUUUAGAUGAUCAGGAUUUCAAAUCGAAGUUAGCAAAAAAGACAUAUUGUAAUAUUUAUUACAAGAACACGAACACUGCUGCAACUUGAAACAUUUUAUAGUCGAUUUCUUGCAUGGCACACAGAACCUGAUAAUAAUAACUAGAAUAGGCCAGGCCAGGCCAGGCCAGUCGAUUUCCGAAGACAAACAUGCAAUGCAGCAUAUGCAUUCCCUAAGAAUAAUUAUUUUAUUAAAAACGUUACAUAUUUUAGAAAAAUAAUACUACUAGUUUAGAUAGAAAUUAUGACUUAACUAUGUGACCUCUGGGAAAAAAACUAAAAUAAAAUAAGAUUACGUAUCUGUCUCAGCCCACAUUGAUAGAUGGACCGACAUUAGACAUGUUAACUCAGUUAUGGGCCAGAGCCCAGAGGGCCCAUUUCCAGGCCCGACUGGCUAUCGUUUCCGUUUGAAUACAAACUGGGCCCAUGAUAGGUAUCGAGAUCGGAUUUAAUCCCGGAUCAGCGUCGGUUUUGGAGUAUGCCCUCCACCGCCCCCGCAAAUAAAUUAGGGCGAUCCAAACCCCCAAACGCGAUCAAUACACCUCUGGUUCCAAAGGGCGAUCGAGAGCGAUCUCGAAUCCUCGAUUCGAUCAACACACACGCACUUGCACGAGAUGGCCGGCGGCGGCGGCAGCAAGAUGCUGACGCUGGAGAGCUCGGACGGCCACAAGUUCGAGGUGAAGGAGGCGAUCAUGGCGGCGGCGUCGGGGACGAUCCGGAUCAUGGUGGAGGACGACUGCGCCGGCGGCGUGAUCCCGCUGCCCCAGGUGACGGGCCGCAUCCUGUCCCGCGUCAUCGACUACUGCAACAAGCACUACGCGGACCCCGACGCCGCCGCCGCCGCCGCCGCCGACCCCUUCUCGUCGGGCGACCCCGUGCUGGACCGCUUCGACGGCGACUUCGUGGGCGGGCUCGACCAGGACACGCUCUUCGACAUCAUGGUCGCCGCCAACUACCUGGAGGUGCAGCGGCUGCUGGACCUGACGUGCAAGACGGUGGCCGACCAGAUUAGGGGCAAGACGGUGGAGGAGAUGCGCGAGCACUUCCACGUCGUCAACGACUACACCGAGGAGGAGGAGAAGGCCGUCCGCAGGGAGAACGCCUUUGCCUUCGAGUAGUCAAUUUUCUUUUUCUUUGCAUGCCCGAUCGAGGACUCUUGCUUCUUGUGUGCCUCGCAAUUAAUUAGGUUGCUUCUUUGGACUAGUUAGCUAUAAGCAGUGUGCCGUUUUUUGGUGCAGAUUGUGUAUAACUGACUGUUGUUCUUCGGUGUGUUGAUUUUCAUAGAUUCAAGCAUCUUUGAUUCCAAGAGAUCA